AGGAAGAAAAAUUUGAGCCACUUUUUAACUGAAUUUCUCCAGGCAGAGGAGAAAUUUUCCCAGAAUGUCUCAGAAAUACGGCUCACCAUUGCAAAGUGAACUAAACUCCUUCCUGUGGACUAUAAAGAGAGAUCCACCAUCUUAUUUCUUUGGUACCAUUCAUGUCCCGUAUACACGAGUCUGGGAUUUUAUUCCCGACAAUUCCAAGAAAGCCUUCCAGCAAAGCCAUAUUGUUUACUUUGAGCUGGACCUCACUGAUCCCUACACAAUUUCUGCUCUGACCAGCUGCCAGCUCCUGCCACAGGGUGAGAACCUACAGGAUGUGCUCCCUAGGGACAUCUACCGCAGGCUCAAGCGCCACUUGGAAUAUGUCAAGCUGAUGAUGCCUUCCUGGAUGACUCCCGACCAGCGAGGCAAAGGGCUGUAUGCAGACUAUCUUUUCAAUGCGAUUGCAGGCAACUGGGAGAGAAAAAGGCCGGUGUGGGUCAUGCUUAUGGUGAACUCUCUGACUGAGGUGGACAUCAAGUCACGUGGUGUUCCCGUCUUGGAUCUUUACCUUGCCCAGGAAGCUGAACGCCUCCGAAAGCAGACUGGGGCAGUGGAAAAAGUAGAGGAACAGUGCCAUCCAUUGAAUGGUCUGAAUUUCUCCCAGGUGAUCUUUGCUUUGAAUCAGACCCUUUUGCAGCAGGAGAAUCUCCGAGCAGGCAGCCUGCAGAUCCCUUAUACAACAGAAGACCUUAUCAAGCAUUACAACUGUGGAGACCUCAACUCCAUCAUCUUCAAUCAUGACACUUCUCAAGUCCCAAACUUCAUCAAUGCCACUCUGCCACCUCACGAACGCAUCACAGCACAGGAGAUUGACAACUACUUCCGCCAGGAGCUUAUCUAUAAGCGGAAUGAGCGCAUGGGCAAGCGGGUAAAAGAUCUGUUGGAAGAGUAUCCUGACAAGAGCUUCUUCUUUGCAUUUGGAGCUGGUCAUUUCAUGGGCAACAAUACAGUGAUAGAGGUUUUGAGGAGAGAAGGCUAUGAAGUAUAUCAUACUUCUGCUGGACAAGCCAUCAGCAGUGGGAAGAAUCAGAAGGUGCUGUCUGCCCUCUCUUCAUCUUCCCCCGAAUAUACCUCUUACAUCAUCUCCCAGGAGCUCCACUCUCCCCAGCAACAUCCACAGAAAGAGGAAGAAGAGGAAGAGGAGUUGCUACCCCACCUGCUGCUGCCAGAAAGCAUCGACUUGCUAGAGAAAGUUGACAAGAAAUAUAAGAAGAAGAAAAAGAAGCAGCAGAAGAAGCAGCGCUUGCGUCAGUUCAAUGACCUUUGGGUACGCAUCGAGGAAAGUACCACUGAUCCACCUCCUCGGAUCCGCAUAAUCAAUGGCUAUAUUACUGUAGAGCCCCAGCCACGAGGACAUGGGCGAAGCAGUCACAUCCAGACAGACACAAGUUGCUCCAGUGGGCGAUUGCUGUUCUUCUACACAUUGACAUUGACUUUGGUUUUGCCUGCAGUGUUGUUGCUGGUGUGA